CUGAGUUGGCCCGGUCGGUCUGAUCGUGACGUGUAUCACCGAGGAGUCCCUCAAAUUGUUCAUGCUGCUAAUAUGAAGUUAGCCAGUUUUGUUGCCGAUGAUAUGAAGUGAGAAUUUGUCGCCAAAGUCGCGUUCGAUCAGAGUCUCGGAAGCAAUAAUGCCUCUCUUGGUCGGCAGAGGAGACGGACGGGCCGAUAGAAAUGUGAUGUGCGUCUUGUUUCCGCUCGUGUUGUUGUUGUCGGUCGGAGUUGCUGCUAUCCAAGAGGAGCCGAAACCUGUCCAAGAGCAGCCCCCACAAGAGAAAGCCCCAAGUCCCCAUCCAAUAGGCCCAGUAGUUUCUGAAGAUGGCAGCAGCAAAGGAAACCUGGGUUUCAUUCAUGCCUUUGUGGCCUCUUUCUCUGUCAUCAUCGUCUCCGAGUUGGGAGACAAGACAUUUUUCAUCGCAGCCAUCAUGGCCAUGCGGUACAACCGCCUCACCGUGCUCGCAGGGGCUAUGCUGGCCUUGGGCGUCAUGACUUGCCUUUCUGUGCUGUUUGGCUACGCCACCACCAUCAUCCCGAGAAUAUACACAUACUAUGUGUCCACUGCACUGUUUGCCAUCUUUGGUGUGCGCAUGCUGAGAGAGGGGCUGAGAAUGAGUCCAGAUGAAGGCCAGGAGGAGCUCGAGGAGGUGCAGGCAGAGAUCAAGAAGAAGGAUGAGGAGCUCCAGCGGUCUAAACUCGCUAAUGGGACGCCAGACGUGGAGGCCGGAUCAGGAACUACCCUGCCUCAGGGAAAGUGGCACAGCUUCAUCUCACCCAUCUUCAUCCAGGCUUUCACCCUCACCUUCCUCGCAGAGUGGGGGGACCGCUCGCAGCUGACCACCAUCAUUCUCGCUGCCCGGGAGGAUCCGUUUGGAGUUGCAGUGGGUGGUACGAUCGGACACUGUUUGUGUACAGGACUGGCUGUUAUAGGAGGGAGAAUGAUCGCCCAGAAAAUAUCUGUCAGAACAGUUACAAUCAUUGGAGGGAUUGUUUUUCUGGCGUUUGCCCUCUCUGCCCUGUUCAUCAAGCCAGACGCUGGAUUUUAAUCGGAAGAAAGACUUUCAGGUUCACUCUGUAAAUACGUGUAUAAACUGACUGUAGAGAGACUGUAGUUUUGACUCAGUAUGUGUCCAACAGAAAAGUGUGUCAGGCUAAACAGAGAGCCAAAGUCCUGCCCGACUUUCCUAGGAAGCCUCUGUUCCACUACUGUCUGUGAACCAGUGGGAUUCCUCAUAGAGGUUCAGGUUCACAUUAAAUAACAUUUCCCUCGAGUCUUAACUUGUAGUACAGACCAAAGCCUUGUGGGAGGUGUCGACUGUUAACAAAAAGCGUUUCAUUCUUUAUCAAGUGCAGAAGUUCGACCUUUAGCUUAGAACAGAAAACCUUCCAAAGUUGAAGGAAACCUCUCAAUGCAUUACAGAGUUGUGGAACAGGUGCCGGCCAGGAGAGGAGGCAGGACUCUCUCCAUCAGAGCUGCUUUCUCUUCACAAGGAGCGUGAGAGAAACGAGACUGAAUUGUUACUGGUUGCAGUCCUCUCACACUCCACAAGGUUCCAUGGUUCAGAAACUGGACCUGACAUGCAGUACUUUUCCUUUCACUCUACAGCUAGGCACCAAGUUCAUUUCUAAAUCUCUUUUUUUUGGCCUUUUUUGUUUUGUUUUUAAAUGUUUAAUGUUUAAAUUUUUUGUGUCUUUAACGUGAGCCCCGAUGCUGUCAGGUGACUGUUGACACGGAGCUGUUGAUAGACGGAGCUGUCAGAACCCUCCAGCAGUCGAGGCUGGUGUCGUUUCCACCUUCCUCUGAGUGCCGCUGUUUGUGCGUUAAAACCUCAUAAGAAGUGGGUCGACUUUACUUAGGAGGGAAAAUACUGAAAGCAGAACCAGCAGCACAUAAUAUAGAACCUUUUUUUUGUGUGAUUGUUUGAUUUUAAGUUGAGAUUUUAUUUCAGGCACAAGACGGCAUGAAAAUAUUUCCUUUAGUUUCACAUGGGAGCAGUCUUUCAGAGAGACCUGGGGCUGGCUUCACAAAGAAAGACUUUGACUGAGGUUUAGAUCUGACCAAUAACUAAUAGUUACACUUGAGAGCUACAUGCUUUCUGCAAACUACAAAACAUGGCUGACUGAACAACCACAUCACACUACCUACCCGCCUUUGCUCUGACAGCUUUCGCUUCUUAAAGAACAGUUACAAAAAAGGAAAAUUCAGCUAAGAAUGCAACAGUACACACAAAAUACAUAAAUUCAAUUAAAUAAUUUGCAGAAAAAUUCCAACCAGCUUUUAGCAGGUUAUUGUGAUUUUUUUAAAACAACUCUUCUCUUUCUGGUUGCUGGCUAUGCAAUGUUAUCAGCAAACUGCAUAUUAUGCACGUUUUCCUCCUUUUUUUUUAAAUCCUGGGAGUAGGGUAGCUACGAUUUUUUAGGCUGAAUAAUCAGUAUUUAUUUUUGUAAAAUGAUCUAACUUGCCUUAAGCCGGGCUCACACUACGUGAGUGUUGGAUUGAUUCACUCUCGUUUCACCCCUCUCCCAACAGGAGAAGAAAUCUGGGGUCUUGGUUUGAAACACACAAGUUAUUUGGUUAUGUGGAGUUCUUAAUCGCUCAACUUCUCAAACUACCCACACACUCGUCGGGCCUGCUGAGAUAACAUCAAAUCUGAAUGGGUAGAAUUAUCUAACUCGCGCCCGGAGCAGCAGUUGUCAAACAACACAAACCGUUCUAGCCCUCGAGGCUAACGUUAGCUACAGAUAACACUGAAAUCUCACUUCCAGUUCUCGAUGAAGAAUCAACAAAUUGUUGACCGCAUCCCCCCGAGUCAUGAAACUUGUUUAGCCUUCUGCUUGUGUUUUUUUUUUUCACUGCAAAGUAUUAUUAGCAUUACAGGAAGUUGUUGCAAUGCAAACUCCAUUUUAUUUACAUCUGCUUCCCCAUGAGGUGGUGCGCUGCUCCCUGACUGCUCCCUGUGGCACAGUAUUUGUAAAAUAUCCUGUUGUGUGGUGCUCCAUUAUUUUCUAGUCUUCUAGUGUGUGCAUGGCAAAAAAUUAGAGAAAAGAAUGUGAAGUUUUUCUUUAUGUGCAGGAUGCAACUCAAUCUUAAAAUCUGUGUUAAAUGAUGUUAGAACACCUGCAGCGUGAGCCUGGCUUUAAACUCAUUUUAGUCUGACAAUGUACAUCAGUCGAAACUUUCUUUCUGAAACCAGCUCCUGAACCACUAGAGUACUUCUGUGUCACUAUACCUUGAUAUCCCUGCAUCAGGAGAGCUGCUCUACAGCUUACUCAUAGCUUACGUGGGCCUCUACCAGUGAUAAUGUUUGUUGAUCGUCGACGUCGUACGUCCUCACGCCGGUUUCAGGUGCCGAAAGCGGGGAGAGCAAAAAAAAAAUAAAAAAUGCACGGAUCAGGUCGAAGAAAGGCCAGUAAUCAUCUUCGCAGGUUGACUCUUCUUCUGUGAUUUCCAGCGUAAACCUCACUGCCUCACACGUUGCUGCCCCGAAUCACACAUACUGACAGAAUUUAAAAGCAUGACAGGUACAGAAUAAAUCUCCAAGUACACAGUAGAAGCCACUCCUUUAAGCUGUGAUGCACCUGCAGAGACAACACAGCGGCGUAAUUCAGAAACCUGCAUUACACCUUUUAUUUAAGCGGUAUCUAUUUAUUUAGCUUCAUUUUCUUUCCUUUUAGGCGUACGUACUGUGGGAGAUGUCACUGUAAAGAAGGAAUGGAACUAUUUUUUUAAAAGGCGAAAAGCUGCGUUGUCAAUAUUUGACAGGCUGUGCCCGGCUGUGAAAUAUUUCUGUUUGUCAUACAGAUUGGUUGAAAUGCCUAUAAAUCUAAAAUGCUCAAUAAAAAAAAAAACUGU